AUGAAGAGUGAGCUGAAUAGCACUUACUCAGAGGUAACUGAGUUUAUUCUGCUGGGGUUCAGAACCCCUCCAAAGCUACAGAUCCUCUUAUUCCUAGUGUUCUUGCUGCUCUACAUGGUCACUGUGGUGGGAAAUAUCAGCAUGAUAAUUGUCAUUAAGAUGGACUCCAGACUUCAAAUGCCUAUGUAUUUCUUCCUUAGGAACUUGUCGUAUUUAGAUCUCUGCUACUCCACAGUCAUUGCUCCCAACACUUUAGCCAACUUCUUGUCUAAUGAAAAGAACAUUUCUUACAAUGGCUGUGCAGCCCAAUUUUUCUUCUUUGCCCUGUUUGUCACAACUGAAGGCUUUCUUCUGGCUGUCAUGGCAUUUGAUGGAUUCUGGGCCAUUUGCUCCCCUCUCCUUUACCCUGUGCGCAUGUCCCAAAAUGUCUGUGUUCGAUUGGUAACUGGAUCCUAUAUCUUUGGAUGCAUCAACUCCAUGAUCCAAACGGGUUUCACCUUCAGUUUGCGUUUCCGUGGAGAAAACAGAUUGGACCACUUUUUCUGUGAUCUCCCAGCCCUGAUCAAGAUCUCAUGUGUUGAUACCUUUGUAAAUAAGAUUGUACUGUAUAUUCUCUCUGCUCUCAUCAUCAUCACCACCACAACUGGCAUUCUGGUUUCCUAUGCUUCUAUCCUCUCCACUGUCCUAAAGAUCCCCUCAACCCAUGGCAGGAGUAAGACCUUCUCCACCUGUGGCUCCCAUAUAGCAGUGGUGAGUUUAUUCUACGGAACUGUGUUCUUCAUGUAUUCCCAACCUGGGGUCGCCUCCUCACCAGAGCAAAGCAAGAUUGUAGGUGUGCUCUACACACUUAUAAUACCAAUGCUAAACUCUCUAAUAUAUAGUCUAAGAAACAGAGAUGUGAAAGAUGUCGUGAAAAGAUUAUUACACAGGCAAUGGUUCUCUCACUGA